GCCUCACGUGCCCCCUCAGCGCGCUCGUGACGCAACACAGCUUUCCUGGGCUCAUCGCGGUCCUCCUCCCGUGUGUUGUUCGGAUGAAACGCUUCCCUCCCGCUGCCACACUGAUCCUCUUAUCGACAAGUAAGCUGCCAAGAUGGACGUUGUAAACCAGUUGGUGGCCCAAGGCCAAUUCACGAUACUCAAGCAGCCUUUAGGAUUCAUCAAGGCUCUACAAUGGAUCUUUGCCAUCUUCGCCUUCUCCACAUGUGGCAGUUACUCAGGCAUGUUCAAGAUGAGCGUUGAGUGUAAAAACCGGUCGGAGAGCAACCUGGCCAUCGAGGUAGAAUUUGAGUAUCCGUUCAGGCUCCAUCAGGUGUACUUCGACGCCCCAACCUGCAAGGGGGAACGCCCCGAGCGUCUCUUCCUGGUCGGUGACUACUCCUCCUCGGCUGAGUUCUUCGUCACCAUCGGUGUCUUCUCCUUCCUGUACUCCAUGGCAGCCCUCUCCGUUUACUGCUUCAUGCUGGAGAAAUACCGGGAAAACCAGAAGGGCCCCCAGAUUGACUUUGUGGUCACAGCGGUGUUUACCUUCUUCUGGCUGGUGUCUUCGUGCGCCUGGGCCAAGGGCCUGUCGGACGUCAAGACCGCCACGGACCCCGACAAAGUCAUCCCCCUCAUCACCGCCUGUGAUGAGCUGGAGAACCGCUGCAAAGAAAUCCACGACCCCAAGGUCUCUGGCCUCAACACCUCCGUGGCGUUCGGCUUCAUCAACCUGAUUCUCUGGUCUGGGAACCUGUGGUUCGUGAUCAAGGAGACCGGCUGGUUGGCCGCCUUCGGGGUCACAUACGCUCCGUCCUCCCAGGAGAAGCAGCCCGCCCCCGACUCCUUCGCCCAGGGGGGGGAUUACGCCCAGCAGGACCCCUACGCCGGCUCCCAGGGGGGCUACCAGCCCGACUACGGCCAGCAGAGCUACACCGAGGGCGGCGAGUACAGCCAGGGCUAUGAGCAGCAACCCACUUCCUACUCCAAUCAGAACUGAGGCCAUCCAAUCGGUGUGAAGCUGCAGGAUGGCUGACGUUAGUUGUAAUUUAGGAGUGUGGUUCUCGACCACCGCCUGAACUCCACAGUCCUCUGUGUGUGUGUGUGUGUGUGUGUGUGUGUGUGUGUGUGUGUGUGCGCGUGUGUGUGUGUGUGUGUGUGUGUGUGUGUGUGUGUGUGUGUGUGUGUGUGUGUGUGUGUGUGUGUGUGUGUGUGUGUGUGUGUCUGUGAGUCAACUAGAGGAGGAGGGGUGAUGUGGACCCCGGCCGGACCACACUGCAGGGUGGGGGUUGGUGUGUGGGGGUGUGUGUGGAGGGUGGGGGUGGGUUUAUCCUGGGGGGCGGUGGGGGGUGGGAGGGUUUACUGUAACAAGCUGUUUAGUCUCGUAAUGUACGUAACUGUAGAAGACAACCAAGGCUUGUCUGUUUGGUCAUGCGAGAGAAACUUGAACACAAUACCAAAACCUUCACUAAUGAACGGUAAAGAUACAUCUUACUAAAUGGGAGAGUCUUCAAUUUAAUUGAGAAAAUUGUAGUAAUAUUUAACUUGGGAGAAUGUAUUUGUCUGUGCUGUGUAAAUAUAAACAUAACGAUAUAUAUACAUAAUUAUUAUUGUUAUUAUUAUACAUACACAGUUGAAUAAUUGUGCACUCCAUAUUAGUUGUUAUACAACAAAUGUAGAGCACAGAGUUAUUCAACUGCAUUUAUUUUGGUUCUGUUUAGGAGCUUACAUAGUUUAACCCUACUGUCCUAUUCAUAUCCAUCACUCCUUAAUCAGGCUAGUUAUUUGGUUAUGAAUAGAUUUUUUUUUUCCGACUUUCUUUUGUAUAUGUUUCAUAUAAUGGAGGGGCGUUCAAGUGGUCGAGGUUGGUGUCAAUGUAAUGGUAAAUGUUUCAACGGAAGUGUUUAGAAAACAUGUUUGCUAUAGCAGUGAGGAAAUAUUAGCUGUGCAUUAUUUUUAUUUUGGUUUUUGAUUUGCUGUUUCGGUUGUCAUCCCGACAUCACUAUCACGACAGGAUUUCCCUUUUGUGUUUCACAAAAAAUGUAAAAAACUGGCACAAAAAUAUGAAAUGCAUAUAGUAAUGACAAAUAGUUAGCAUGGUAGCAUCUUUUAUCUGCAUAUACUAUGCUUUUUUUUUCUCCAAAAACCUGCUGUUGUGUUCUAUUAAUGUGAAGAUUGUGUAUCAGGGAAGUUUAACUGUUUAGCAAUGUGUGUGUGUUUUUGCGUGUGUGUGUGCGUUUGUCUGUGUGUGUGUGUGUGCGAGCGGGUGUGUAUGUGAGUGUGUGUGUGUGUGGGUGUGUGUGUGUGUGUGUGUGUGUGUGUGUGUGUGUGUGUGUGUGUGUGUGUGUGUGUGUGUGUGUGUAUGUGUAUGUGUUUUGUUUGGGUGUAUGUUAUGGCAUCAAGCAAAUGACGUCAAUGAACCGUGUCCAGUUUGAUCGCCUUCAUGUGGUCCAGAUAGUAGUCAGACAGAGUCCUAUAGUUUUUUAACCAUUGUUUCUAUUGCAGCAUAAUCAUGGAACUAAAAUAUUUACAUUAUCAUGUACUGUUGUCUGUGUGAGAACAAAGUAAACGCUAUGGCUUUGAAGGUCAUGCCCAAACCAUCGGAUAUUCUAUAUUCUGAGCUUUCCAACGAUAUAGCAACAUAAAUUAUAAGGCUUCUGCAUUUCCCAAUUCCUCUUCCAUCCCUUCCUUCAAUGAGAGACACGCCCAAGUAAUGCAUGUGUGUUCUACCUUUUACCUACACGGCCCUAAUGAAACAUUGACCUCGUUCAGACCGAUGGAUGCAUUCAAUGUUCAUGCUAUAGUAUCAGUACAGCGGUGGUUGGUUGAGGACAUAGCUUACUGCAUACAGCACAUGCUAAAUUUCACACAAAGCACAGAGUCCAGUGCUGACGGGAACACGCAUUCCCAGGUCAUCACAGAUAUACUGCCAAUUCUCUGUUUGGUGGUUAGAAGAAGAAAAUGUUUGCUAAAUGGUGUGAGGUGUGGCUUAGCAUUGGUACUGUUGCUUCCACAGUAAUACUAAAGAAGAUGUCCGGCUAUAGGCUUUAAUGGUGGGUUUACGUUUUAAAUUUACUUUUGAAAAAGGCCUGGGUUAUUCGGAUGGGUCGGAUGUAGAAGCAACAGCUGUCUUACUUCCGCGAGUUCCCCCUGCCCUCCUCUCUCUCUCUUUCUCUCUACUUCUCCCUAUCAGUUUCACUCUAGCUCUGAUACAUAUGCUCAAAUGAAAAUAUACUCCGUUGUUAGUGGUGAAUGAUGUCUUGUGAUACUCUACGCCUUUUAAUAGUGCUGUGUUUAUUGUGUAUGACGUAUUCAUAGUAGUAUUUAUGAUGAUAAGUCUGAGAAAAGAAUAUCCCAAACUCUUGAGAAUUCUACUGUAUUCUUAUUAUAUGGAAUUCGUGUGAAAUAAAAAAAGAAUAAAACUUGAAAUUAUUCUGUU